AGGGGGACGAAGAAAGGCAAUGAGAGAAAAUUUAGUAAAAUGACUGGCUAUGUGCAAACUGAUGAAAAGAAAGAUGAUGAUGUUCCCAUGUUCCAUGUCCACGUGUAUAGUGCUAAUGGCGGCCGUAGACCAUACAGGGCCAUUUUUGAUGUAAAUGGAAGGAAGGUUCCAAUGGAAAUUGACACGGGAGCAGGAGUCAGCAUUAUCUCUGAAAACGUGUAUGAACGUUCAUUCUCUCGUAUACCACUAGAGGGAAGUAGUGUAGCACUAAAGGGCUACUUAGGCGAGACAAUUCCUGUAAAAGGACAGUUCAUGGCUAAAGUGAAGUAUGAAAAUCAGACUGUUGACUUGCCACUGAUUGUUGUGGGAGUUGAGGGACCGUCACUCUGCGGACGAGAGUGGCUAGAUAAAAUAAAGUUAAACUGGGAAAUGAUCAAAACAGUCACAGAAAACAAAAUGCAAGCAUCUCCAAGAGCCAAGUCCAUCCGAGAAGUACUUGCAAAACAUGAUGAUGUCUUCACUGAUGAGUUAGGGACAUUAAAGGACAUUAAGGCAACAAUAUCCGUAAAGCCUGAUACAGUCCCUAAAUUCCACAAAGCCCGUGUUUUGCCCUUUGCCAUGAAAGAAAAAGUUGAAAAAGAACUGGAACGCCUUGAGAAAGAUGGCGUCAUCACCCCUGUCAAGCACAGUGAGUGGGCUGCUCCAGUCGUUCCAGUACCCAAGCGAGAUGGUGGACUUCGCUUGUGUGGUGAUUACAAGAUAACAGUGAACCAAGCUAUUAACACAGAGACACAUCCACUACCACGCAUCGAGGAGGUGUUAGCCACACUAUGUGGUGGGAAAAUAUUCUCCAAAAUAGAUUUGGCUGCAGCUUAUCAACAAAUUCUUCUCGAUGACGACUCAAAAAAAUUUACUACAAUCAAUACACACAAAGGACUGUUUGUGUACAAUAGACUGUGUUUUGGCGUCAACUCUGCUGUCAGUAUUUUCCAAAGGAUAAUGGAGACUCUAAUGAAGGACCUCAACGUGGUGGUCUACCUCGAUGACUUGCUCGUGAUGGGCCGAGACGAAUCCGAGCACCUAACGAACCUGGACAGAGUUCUUCAGCGGCUGAAAGAGAAUGGUCUGAGAGUGAAGAAGACUAAAUGUGACUUUGGUAAGACGCAGAUCGAGUACCUGGGACACGUGCUGGAUGGAAAAGGUGUCUACCCGUCCAAAGAUAAGGUCAGAGCCAUUCAUGAUGCUCCAGCACCCACAAACACUCCAUGGAGACCAGCUGCGUCUUCGAUACCCACCUGACAUUUUAGAUCCUGGACCUGAAAGUGCGACUCAGUCAGCUGAGCAGGAGAAAGACUUUGACGAACCGGAGUCCACAAUUCCUGCAUCACCAGCUUUUGCACCAGACCCGCCUGAGCCACUUGUGCCAGAGACAGUCGUUUUGAGACGUUCAGUACGUAAAGCACAACGCCCUUUACGUUACAGGGAUUGAUUGUGAUGUCAUAAUUUGAAAGAAGUUCAAAUUGAGUUUGUUUAUCAUUGAAGAAAUGUUAUGCAGUAUGAUGGAUAAGGAAAUGUGAAUUUGUUAUGUACCUUUAAACUAAGGGGGGAGGUAAUGUGGUGUAUUAACCACCAUAGUUAUUUGUAUGUUGUUUGGACGCAUUGAGUUUCCGUACUCUGUAUUGCCAUCUACUGCGCAUGUGUAAAAUGUUACCGUGAAUGUCUCAGUCGCUUCCCCACGUUGUUAAUGGCGGAACUCAACGGUCGAAUACAUAAUAGAAAACACGUGUGUGUGCCUCGUCAUUUCAAGACACAACAACAUUCUUAAAACGUAAUCUGAGCAAAAGGGUGAAUUCAGAAUUGUGUAUAAAAGUGGUAGCCCAUCGUAUUAAUCGGCGACCAGGAAAUAGCUCACUUUC